AAAAAAGUUGUGAGUUAAGAAAAGUUUGUUCAUUCAAAUUAUCUAUUACAGACAUGGAUACCCCACAAGAAAUAUCCGCUUUUUUUGACUGUAUAUACGAACACCUUGAAAAGGAGAAAGACCAGAACAUACAAAGCAAAGAAAUCCAGAAACUCGAAGAAGAUUUGGUAACCAGCAGACUUGCAAGCAUAAAUUUGAACAAAAAUUUUACCCAAAAUUUAAAAAGUGACGAGUCUAAUAUUAACGUGAAAUACGUUGCGCUUCAAGAUCGUAAUAAUUAUUAUUUGAAAAACAUUAACAUAUUAGAAGAAAAAUUGGAACAAAUCAAAACGGGCAUUGAGCAAGAAAAUCGAAAAAUGUCGGCGGAAGCCGAAAUAAAUUUAAAAAGACAAGAAAAAUUGUGGAAAAGGAAAAUUGAAGAGACUAAUAACCAAAUACAAAAAAGAAAAUUGGACCAUAUAAAGAAAAAGGAAAAAUUAACCAGUGAUUUAACCACGGCACAACUAACAAAUGAUUUGGAAAUAGACGAAAUUGAAACAGCUUUACGCAGAGAACUCAUUGAUUUAAAUAGGAAAAUAUGGCGCCAGAAUGAAAUAAAUACUGACAUGAAAAAGCAAAUUGAAGAAUUAAAGAAACAAAAAAAGCCUCCAUCAACAAUAAACAUUUACCAAGACGAUUUAUUACUUAUGAACGAUAUUGAAGAGUUCUUUAACAGUAACGAAGGAAAUGUAAUUAAACCAAAUAAAAAUAACCACGUCACUGACAAAAAUAAAACCAGAAUGUACAAUUCAAACUAUCAUCCCUUGGAUAUCAGUAAACAAUCAACAAAACCGAAUUACAAAAAUCUGGAAUUUAUUCAUAAUAAUUUCGAUAAUCCUGAGCCACCUAAAACUGCAAAGCAAGAGAAUCCAAAAAUAACAACGAACAAUUUCGAUUCAAAUCCAGUUCAAUUUACUACCCCGCAAACAAAUAAACUGGACGAAAAUAGGACAAUGCAAAAUCAAUCAACUCGAAAACGAAGUCCCGAUUUCUAUAAUUUAGCGAAUUUCGAAAACGAAAAAUUACCUUUAAAAAUGGUGGAAAUUAAAGCAGCAAGUAAGAAGAAGAAUGUUCGCGGUCCGGUUCAAUCGAAAAAUAAGGAUGGAAAUGAUGGGACAGGCGCGGUGCAAAAAAGGCAAACAAAUAAGAGAGGUAGACCAAUUAAGAGAGUUGAAGACGAAAUAAAGGUUAAGGACACUGCGGUUUUGGAGCAGAAAACCGUUCCGAAAAAACGCAAGAUGUUUGAUCCGAAUAAUCAUGAUUAUUUGGACGAGAUGAUGGCGGAUUAUGUUAAAGAUGAUUAAGAAUUUCUGUGAUCUAAUUAUGUGACAUUAUUAUGUUUUUGUUGUGAUUACAAAAAUUGGUAUACAUUAUUCCAAAAGAAAGUGUUUGGAAUGUUAUUUGGUUAGUUUUACAGGAAAUUUUCCACCGUUCUUGCGAUGUAUUGAAUUGAUUCGAAUAACAUCGGCUGGGACCCAAUUCCUGAAAUAAAUCCG